UCUCUCGCGGCGAUAUUUUUCUCUCUCCGUCUCUUUCGCAGUUCAGAAGAUCACAGCCAAUGGUUCGUGGAUAUAGAGGAAGCUUUAGCCGUGCGAGCUCUGACUCGUCUGAGUUUACUCGGGGCGAGUCCGACGAGGUUUCUUCGGAGGAAGGAGAGAUGACGUCCACCGUGUACCCUGCUGAGAAAGAGAAGGAAUCGACAGAAUGGACGGAUGAGAAACACAGUUUGUAUCUUAAAUCCAUGGAAGCCUCAUUCAUAGAUCAGUUGUAUAAUUCCCUUGGAAAUCUCGGUUCGCAUUGUAACAUGAGGAGUUCGACAGACGUAGAGUCAUCCAGACAGCCUUGCUGGAAAAGGAAUCCUUCCCAAGAACAGUUCAAGGUUCAUCGUGCUGGUUUCUGGAAGAGGAUGGAUGUUAAACAAUCUAAGUAUUGCUUUAACAGAAGUGGUACUUGUCACGAGGUUCUUGCGAGUCCAUGGGUCAAACACUUUAGACCUUUACCAGCAGGCCAAAGCCCGGAUUCCUCGACGUUUGAAGGUAGAUCUGAUCCUGUAGUGGUCUGCCCAAAUGGUAGAUCAGCUUCUUCAAAGCAGGUCGGUGCGGCGGUCUUCUGCCUCAGCAAUAGGGAUCAAAUCAACAACAGAGAAGAGGUAUCAGACCAGAACUUUGCCGACGAAGAAACUAAACAAGAAAAAGCAGGCUCGUCAAGCAGCUCGAAGAAGAUGAAGAUGGGGAUGAGCGAAUCAUCGAGUAAUGAUCAGGUCGUUCCGUAUGGAAAAGCUCCUUCAACAUGAUGAUAUACACGUAAGAAGAAGUCAUCUCUUCGCUGGUAACAAAAAAGCAAUGCAAAUGACAUUUUUUGUGUGUAAAUAGUUUUAGGCAACUCGUAUUCCUCUGUUAUAUAUAGAACCUUGUUUCGGCAAUGAAAGAGCUUUUGAUGAUCAAAAAAAUUAGGGGUGGUUUAUUCGGGUUUCGGUUCGGUUAUUUCGGUUUUAGGAAAACUAUAACUGUUCGGUUUUUUAUAUUGAAUUCGGUUACAUUC